CAUGGAGUGAGAAGGAGGGGGGCUAGCCGGGGGGGGGGGCGGAGGAGGAGAGGACUCGAGGGACCGUCUGUCGCGGGACAGGCUGGCCAGCUGCGGCGCGGAGCUGGGAGGAGGAGGAGGCAGCGGCAGUAGUGGCGGCGGAGGCGGCAGUAGAAACAAGUACCAGCUAAAUAGGCGUUUCGGGCCGAGCAGUCACAAUACUCUGGCCGAGAUGGCGCUGCCAAGCCCCACAAGCGGGGAAGGCAAGGGACCCUGGCAGGAGACAGAUCAGGAGCAGCAGGAGCCGGUGGGUACCCCCGAGCCUGAGACCGCCUCUGAACCGGUGCUAGUGUCCCAGCCAGAGCCCCAGCCUGCUCUUCAGUUAGAGCCCCAGUCAGAGCCCCAACCCCUACUGGACCCUGCACCCCUGCUGCAGCUUGAGGUUGAGUCGGAACCGGUGCACGAACCUGAGCCUACGCCCACUGUCGAGACCCGUGGCACAGCGCGAGGCUUCCAACCCCCAGAAGGUGGCUUUGGCUGGAUGGUAGUUUUUGCUGCUACCUGGUGCAACGGUUCCAUCUUCGGCAUCCAGAACUCCUUCGGGAUCCUCUUCUCCAUGCUGCUGCAGGAAGAAAAAGAGAAAAAUCGCCAAGUGGAGUUCCAGGCUGCUUGGGUAGGAGCCCUCUCCAUGGGCAUGAUCUUCUUCUGUUCUCCUAUUGUGAGUAUAUUCACUGAUCGUUUGGGCUGCCGAAUUACAGCAACUGCAGGAGCAGCCAUUGCAUUCAUUGGCCUCCAUACCAGCUCCUUCACCAGCUCGCUAAACCUGCGUUACUUCACUUAUGGGAUUCUCUUUGGUUGUGGCUGUUCCUUCGCCUUUCAGCCAUCUCUCGUCAUCCUGGGUCACUACUUCCAACGCCGCCUGGGUCUGGCCAAUGGUGUGGUGUCUGCUGGGAGCAGCAUCUUCUCCAUAUCCUUCCCCAUCUUCAUCAAAACACUGGGGGCUAAGAUCAAGCUUGCCCAAACCUUCCAAGUGCUGAGUACCUUCAUGUUUGUUCUUAUGCUGCUUUCACUCACCUACCGGCCCCUCCUGCCAAGUUCCCAGGACACCCCAAGCAAAAGAGGUGUAUACACCUUAUGCCAACGUUUUCUGGCUCACCUCAGGAAGUACUUCAACAUGCGAGUGUUUCGCCAACGUACUUACCGCAUCUGGGCCUUCGGUAUUGCUGCUGCUGCCCUUGGUUACUUCGUUCCCUAUGUACACCUGAUUAAGUAUGUGGAAGAGGAAUUUUUGGAAAUCAAGCAGACCUGGGUGCUUUUGGUGUGUAUUGGGGCCACUUCAGGACUUGGACGCCUUGUUUCAGGCCGUGUCAGUGACUCCAUUCCUGGACUUAAAAAGAUCUACUUGCAGGUCAUCUCCUUUUUACUCCUGGGUCUGAUGUGCAUGAUGAUACCCUUGUGCCAGGGCUUCGGAGGCCUCAUCGUUGUCUGUCUCUUCCUGGGCUUGUGCGAUGGCUUCUUUAUCACCAUCAUGGCGCCCAUUGCAUUUGAGCUGGUGGGCCCAAUGCAGGCAUCACAGGCUAUUGGUUACCUUCUGGGAAUGAUGGCCUUGCCGAUGAUUGCUGGGCCCCCCAUUGCAGGCCUCCUCCGCAACUGUUUUGGUGAUUACCAUGUGGCUUUCUACUUUGCUGGUGUGCCUCCCAUUAUUGGGGCUGUCAUCCUCUUUUUUGUACCACUGAUGCAUCAAAGCAUGUUCAAGAAAGAUCAAAGGGAUUCCAGCAAGGAUAAGAUGUUGGCCCCUGACCCAGACCCAAAUGGGGAGCUUCUCCCAGGCUCCCCCACCCCUGAAGAACCAAUCUAAUGCCUCUUUCUUGCCAUUGUGUGCUCUUCCCUGACCUUUAUCCUUUACCCUGCCCUGCUCAACAGUUGCAUUUUUGUCACCAGCACACUUGUUCCCAAACCUGUACACAAAACAUUUCACCCACCUGACCAUCUCCUUGGAGCCAAAACUCUCCAAGUGUUCCAAACUCAUUAACCAAAAUUUCCCAUGAAUGCCUUUAAACUUGCCAGGCCCAUUCUCCUUUUAGGAUCUAGGAAAGCUUGGAAUCACCCCCCUGGCGUUUGGAACUUCUCCAUAUUCCUUAUAACCCCUGGGGUGGAGGAGGAGAAUAGAACCUCCUGGUCCCAGGUUGUUGGUCAUCCACUAAAAGCAACUACCAAAGGUGUUACAGUGUCCUCAGAAUCCAGGUGAGGAGAUCAAGCCUCUGUGUGCUAAGUUCCUUGCCAUCUGUUCUGGGGGAACUUCUGAUGGUAGCAGGAGAGAGGUAAGAGAAGCAAAAUUAGACAAGGAGCCUUGUCUAGCCUCAAAGUCUUUGAGGACUAUUGUUUCCCAAAGAGUCCUGGAUACCAUCAAUUUACAAGUGUCCAGACAGUCUCCCCAUCUCUUAUCUUCUCUUGACUUCUUUUUAUGACUACCAUAGACAUGUGGUUGGUUGAAGGAAGGAGGCACCCAGAGCUUGGACCAAGUAGCCUCACCUUAGUCCAACCCACCCAUGACACUAGCAUCAAACUCGUUCAUCUCAGGCUGAGCCACAUCUUUUUUUGGCUCAAGCUACUAUAAUCACCAACUGGAAGAGUAGAUGAUCACAUUAAGAAGGGACCUUAAGCACCCUCACUAAUUUUUAAAGUUCUACUUGCUGAUUUUUACAGAUUUUUCAGGUCAGUGCUUUAAUCUGAAGGCCGUCUCAGCUCCCCAUCCUGGUGUCCACCUGUCAAAAUGUGAAGAAUUUCCUUUCAUCUCAGAAGGCAGAGAAGGAUUGAUGAUAGGGUCUGGUACACUGGGAGAUGGGGCAAUAUUUAUUUACCUGGCAAAAGACUUAAGUCUUCUAUCUCUCAACAUUCAUGAAAUGUCAACAUUUUUCAUGUGGGCCAAAUGAAGAAAUAGACUGGGUUUUUUUUUUUUUUGGAGGGAUUGCAAAUACUGUUUCCAACCUGCCUCCAAAAAAGGUUUAGGCAGCAACUGUGCAUAGAGCUGAACAACUUCUUUUGCAAAGGGAUACCAUCUAGUCUUUACCACAUAUGUGUUGUCCCAUGCCAGGCAUCUUUCGCCACUCUGCUUAGCGGGCAUUAAAAGAUGCUAGACCAUCUUCACCUCUUUGAAAUAGGUGCCAGGUGAUUCCCUAUCCCCAAUCUCUGAUCAACAUUUUUGCUGAAGAACAUUCCCAAUCAAGCUUUAUGCAGCUAGCACAAUUAACCUCAAUAGGAACUUGACUUCUCUUGACCUCUUUGUGUCUCUUUCUUCCUUCUCUGAGCCUCUGUCUAUUGAGUUCCAACUCUCAUACUGACCUUUCAUCAUCUUCUUUCCAGGCAUCCUUGGCUAUCACUUGGAGUUGAGAGUGACUUGCCAGGAUUACCCUGAGCUUAGAAGGAUGAGGUUAUCCUUUGAGGGACCGCAAAGAAGACAUUGGUCCACCCCCCCAUAAGUUUUUUUAUUGCAAACAAACAGGUGGGGGUAUAGUUCACCACUGAAGGUUUCAUUCAAGGCCAAAGUACUGAGCUCUUCUACUGGUUCCAGUGAAGGUUUUUUUCCUCCUGUCAAUUCCAGAGAGGAAAAAAUAACUGGUUUUAGGCCCUGUUGGGUAGGAAGGGACAUUAUUAUUAUGUCAGCUGAAGUAAUAGAAGAGCAGGAAAAGCAUGCCCCAAGGUGUCUUGUCCCAAGAGAGAUCAUUGAAAAUGUUGAAGCAACAAGGCCUUAUUUCCAUUUCUCUCUACCCCACCCAUACCAACUCACAAAUAGGCCAUUUUACAUGGCCUCCUUUGUUGUUCACCUUGCAGAUAGCUCUUAAGAAUCAGACGACCACCCACUUCUCUCCAAAUGAAGAAAAGACAUUCACAGAUCUUGAAUUUGCUCUAUUAGGUGUUACCUGACAGGAUGGGGGUGUCAAUUUAUUUCUUCUACAUGUGUGUAUGUGCAUGUGUUGGCUUGUGUACUUCUGGAGAAAACUGUUCACUGGAGAGAAAGCAACACAGUAUUAAUAUUUAGGGUAAGAUGCAGCCUCUUAUGUACCAGUUAAAUCUAGGAGAAUGAACAAAAAUUGGGAGUUUGAGACCUGGGGCAUUUAAAUUCUCAAAAUGUUUGGAACAAAAUAAACAGAUUUAAAAAU